AAGAUAUACACUAAAUACAUACACACACAUUAUACAUAUACAUAUAUAUAUAUAUAGAGAGAGAGAGACAAAGAGAAAGAGAUGGAGGAGGGGCAUUAUGUAAGAUUGGAAGAUGAACACCACGACCAACAUCAAGAUCCUGUCCCUACCUCUCUUCUAGUUUCUCUGUAUAUUGGCCACUUCUUAUCCCGAUGGGGUGCCAGGACAUGGGAUUUUUCGGUCGGGUUGUACAUGAUAAAUGUUUGGCCAGAUUCUUUGCUUAUGGCUGCAGCCUAUGGCGUGGUCGAGUCAGCAACGACCGCCUUAUUUGGCCCCCUAGUAGGCCAAUGGAUAGACAACUCCACAUAUCCAAAGGUUCUAAGAGUUUGGCUGUUAACACAAAACCUCUCCUUUAUCGUUGCGGGUGUCACGGUGGUCGGACUUUUAAUCUCUCCGGACAUGCGGGUCACCAACGCCAAUACAUUUACUUUGCUCAUUGUGCUGACCAAUCUCUCCGGAGCUGUAGCAGUUCUUUCAAGUCUUGCAGGGACCAUCUUGAUUGAAAGAGAAUGGGUGGUUGUUAUAUCAGAAGGGCACUCUUCAAACAUGCUAACAAAGUUGAAUUCAAGAAUCCGAAGAAUCGAUCUAAUAAGCACCUUAUUCGCGCCAGUCGUAACAGGAUUCAUCAUCAGUUUUAUCUCAAUGGUUGCAUCGGCUGUCGGUUUAGCAAUCUGGAACAUACUUUCGGUUUUCUUGCAGUACUGGUUUCUAAACUCUGUAUACAAAGGGAUCCCAGCUCUACAAGAAAGAAGCCGAAAACGGGAACUACAGUUCAAAACCAAACCAGAUAAUCAAGAACAAGCUCCUUCUACUUCUCAGGAACAAACUGACCGACAUCAUGAUUCUUCAGAUUGUGUUUCUUCGGGUAGUUUGGUUAGAAAAUUUGUUAAAAGGGUGUCUGAAAGUCCGUUUAUUCAUGCGUGGCGAGUGUACCUUCAACAAGAUGUUGUUCUCGCAGGACUAUCUUUAGCUAUACUCUAUUUUACGGUCCUCAGUUUUGGGACUUUGAUGACUGCGACAUUGGAAUGGGACGGAAUACCAGCAUACAUAAUUGGUACGGGAAGGGGAAUAAGCUCGAUAAUGGGUAUCUCAGCCACGUUUGUGUAUCCUUUCAUGGAGAAUCGAAUAUCAACCCUUAGAACGGGCCUUUGGUCAAUCUGGUCACAGUGGACUUGCCUCUUGAUCUGUGUUGGCUCAAUAUGGGUUAAAAACAACAUGACAUCGGCUUAUUUUUUGAUGUCCGGAGUAGCAGUGUCACGUUUGGGGCUAUGGAUGUUCGAUCUAUCGGUCAUUCAACAAAUGCAGGAUCAAGUUCCCGAAUCCGAUAGAGCUGUCGUUGGUGGCGUACAAAACUCGGUUCAGUCUUUCUGGGACUUGAUGACAUACAUCAUGGGAUUGAUCAUAUCCAACCCUCAGGAUUUCUGGAAGUUGAUAUUGGUUUCGUUCGGGUUGGUGACGAUAGCGGCGGUUAUGUAUAGCAUACAUAUAUAUCGAGUUCGGAAACAUCUCUUUCACUUUGAGAAGUUGUUUAGUUAUGUUUCAUAAUUAUUUGUGAUUUUUUUAACCUUGUAACAUAAAUUCCAACUUAAUUAAAAGCAGGAGAAUUUAUAUAUUUUAUAGUUUUUAAUGUCA